UGUGAUGUUAUCAGAAUAGUUUGCUGAUUAUUAUUGGGCAGGAUCAUUUGCUUGACAGUGACAACAAGGGUUGUGCCGGCAUGGCCCUUGAUUGAGACCAGCCUGAGGAUUUGCACAAUGCUUUACCCCUGCAUCGAUCAUGUAACCACAAUGAUGACACCGCCAACCGUAGGGUAUGAGGUACUCCUUGGCAUAGCAUUUGUCCCUCGAACAAACACCUUGCGUUGACACGGACGCAGUCGAUAAGGGACUACAGCGCAAUAGCGUUCCGUAUUGCCUGUGAAGACGAGCAGGACGAUUUCUAUGUUGAAGAUGCGUGCGACUGGCUGUCCAGAAUGUUCGAGCCUCUCGUCACCCAGCUGGC